AGGACUCUUUGGGAGCAGUGCAGGAUCCUGCCCAACAGCCAGCAUGUUCAGAGGACUCUUUGGGAGCAAAGCAGAAUCCUGCCCAACAGCCAGCAGGUUCAGAGGACUCUUUGGGAGCAGAGCAGGAUCCUGCCCAACAGCCAGCAAGUUCAGAGGAUGUUCUGGGAGCAGUGCAGGAUCCUGCCCAACAGCCAGCAGGUUCAGAGGAAUCCCUGGUAGCAAAGGUGCUGCCAUCCACUGCUGUGGAGCCUCUGAGCCUGGAGACCAUGAAGGGAUUGAGGCGAUUCAUGGGGGUGGAGAACCUUGCCUUGAGAAUGGAAGAGGUUUUUGAUGUCCAGCCGGUGUCCGGUGUGCUGCAGCCGGGCGAGAGCCAGCACGUGCUCUUCACCUUCUUUGGCCACCCCAACAUCGUCGCCCGUGUCACGGCGCUGUGCCAUGUGGAGGGAGGCCCCACCUACGAGGUGGAGCUGAGGGCGGAGACUUCGGUCCUCAUCUACCACCUGAGCGUCAAGGAGAUCGACUUUGGGCUGCAGCUGUUUAAUGAAGUCAUCCAAGCAGAAGUCACCCUGCAGAACACCGGGGAGUUUGGAUUCACCUACAAGGUGCUAGACCCCAGCACUGCCAGGGCAGAGAGCCCUCUGCCUGGUGAGCCCGUGGUUGUGCCCAGCACGGAUUACAUUGCACCUGGCAAGAAGCAAGUGCUGAAAGUCUAUUACCUGCCAGGAGUAGUAGGAGUCUUCUGCAGCACUCUCCAGAUCCAAGUGGGUCACCUGGAACCAGCAGAAAUCUCCCUGAAAGGAGAGGGAACCUUUCUUAGGAUCUCUUUGGACCUGCCCUGGAUUGUCAAAGGAAAUGAAAUAUUUGAGAAGAUACUGAAAGAGAUAAAAGAAAAUCUGCAAGAAGAGAGGCAGAGCGAUGAAGCAGAUGUUCUGUCAGAGCCUGCAUCUGUGGAGCCAUCCAUGGAUGAUCCUGGCAUCGAGGAGCAGCAGCAUCCACUUGCCCCAGGAAACGAGGAGAUACUGAAAGAGACAAUAGAAAAAGAGGAAGAAGAGACUCAGAUCGAUGAAGCAGCUGCUAUCGAGGAGGCGUCCAAGGAAUCGUCUGAGGAGUCAUCUGAGGAGUCAUCUGAGGAAUCAUCUGAGGAGUCAUCCACAGAGUCAUCCACGGAAUUGUCCACAGAGCCACCUGAGGAGCCACCCGAGGAACCAUCUGAGGAGCCACCCGAGGAACCAUCUGAGGAGCCAUCUGAGGAGCCAUCUGAGGAGCCAUCCGAGGAGCCACCUGAGGAGACAUCCAAGGUGCCACCUGAGGAGCCAUCCAAGGUGCCAUCAGAAAAGCCAUCCAAGGUGCCAUCAGAAAAGCCAUCCAAGGUGCCACCUGAGGAGACAUCCAAGGUGCCACCUGAGGAGACAUCCAAGGUGCCACCUGAGGAGACAUCCAAGGUGCCACCUGAGGAGCCAUCCAAGGUGCCACCUGAGGAGACAUCCAAGGUGCCAUCUGAGAAGCCAUCCAAGGUGCCACCUGAGGAGAUAUCCAAGGUGCCAUCUCAGAAGCCAUCCAAGGUGCCAUCUCAGAAGCCAUCCAAGGUGCCAUCCGUGGCUGCCUGUGACACUGACUCUGACACUGACAGCGGCAUCAUGUGGGACACUUGGGUGCAGAGAGAGAUGGAGCAGAUGCUCAUAAAGCAACAUGUCCUGAAGCAGCAGAGAAUUGUAACCUCCCGUCCCCCGGAGCUCAGGGGCUUUGACAAGAACAUUCGUCAGAAGCUUGUCCAGAUUGAGCUGCCCGACUACAUCCUGGACAUGGGCAGCGUCACUCGCGGUGACACUGAGACACACACUGUGGACAUCACCAACACCGGGCCCUUCCCGGUGUCCUUCCAGAUUGAGACACAUGUCCUGGGGGACAAAGGUUUCAGUCUGGACCUGGACCAGGUGCAGUGCCUGCCCUACUGCAACACUGAGAGGAUUGAAGUGCUUUUUGACAGUACUAACUUGCCAGUUGGAGAGGUGGAUGUGCGCCUGCCCAUUAAGGUAACAGGAAGCUACACAGUUCACAUCCAUCUCUUUGCUACUGUGACUGAGGAUAGCAUCCAGAAAGAAGGGCCCCCUGACCUGAGCAACCCCUCGCCAUUGACGUGCUCCGAGAGAGGCAAGAGACGUGACGGCCGGAGAUCUAAAUCUGCCUUUAAAAGGAUUUUCCAAGCUGAGAGGCCAACUAAGGAUGGAGAAAUGAAAUCGGCCUCUAAAGAACCCAAUUAACCAAGAUAUGAACAAAUUGAGCAAUAAGAACCUGGAGGACUGGCACUGGCACACCUCCUUUACCAAUAAAGCAGG